UCAGAUGGUCUUUCUGUCUCUUGAAGCAGUGUAUCGAUUUAAUUAAAAUUUAUAAUAUUGUUUCGACUUUCGCUAGGCGUUUAACCAUUUUGUGUUUUAUUUACAAUUAACAAGUAUUAGUAGUAAUUGUGCUCUGUGAAGUUAAGUAAAAACUAUGGAGCCCAAUCCUGUAAUUAUUGCUUCUACAGCAAAACAGACGGCCACACUUAUCUUUUUUCAUGGUCUUGGUGAUACUGGACAUGGAUGGGCUAGCACAAUAGCUGCCUUACGAGGGCCUCAUAUUAAAGUUUUAUGUCCAACUGCUUCUCCUAUUCCUGUUACAUUGAAUGCUGGUUUCCGUAUGCCAUCCUGGUUCGAUUUAAGAACUUUAGAUGCUACAGCUCCUGAAGACGAAGAAGGUAUAUUACGUGCAACAAGCCUUGUGCAUGGGCUUAUUUCUGAUGAAGUGAAGGCUGGUAUACCUGCAAAUAGAAUCGUGCUUGGUGGAUUCUCUCAAGGAGGUGCAUUGGCGCUUCACUCUGCUCUCACGUAUCCCGAAAGUGUCGCCGGCGUUAUGGCGCUCUCGUGUUGGUUGCCAAGACACGCUCAUUUCCCCAACGCAGUUAAGGCUCCAAAAGAUUUGCCAAUCUUCCAGGCGCACGGUGACUGCGAUCCAGUCGUACCAUACAAGUGGGGUCAAAUGACAGCGUCGUUCUUGAAAACAUUUAUGACCAAUAUGGAGUUCAAUACCUACCAAGGGUUGUCGCACAGCUCAUCGGAGGCCGAGCUUAAGGAUAUGAAGGCGUUUAUAGAAAAGAGAUUGCCGUCAAUUUAAUAAGCCGUCGUCAUUAUAAUGUUAAACUUCCACUGUCUUUUUGCCAUGAAUCUAAGAAAGCCAAAACAAAUCGUUUAGCCUAAAUAUAGCAACGACAUUAUAACCCGCUCGACUUCUAAUAUUGUAAUACUUUUAUGUUCGCAAUGCAAAAAUCAGUCUACAAACUAUGGUGGUGCGGUCGCAGGAAAUGGGCGCUCAUAUUAUUAUUUCAAAGAUCACAACGUAUCGUACCUAAUUGGUCAGGAGUUAAUCGACAAAUAUCGUCAACAAUUGGUACUUUGAAUUUAUGUAAGAUAAAUUCUCUUAAAGAUACGUACAGACUGGUGAAACGUAACAUGAAAUGUAUCAUUCUACUUUUCACUGCAUGUUCGCUGGAACCUUGGACGCAUAGCGCACUCAUACCGCGCAUUCACUACAAACCUCCCGCGAAAGUCUGUUUUGCCAUUCAAGCCGCGAACGCGCCCUUUCGUGUUCGUUCGCAAAACCGACAAAUCACGGGUCGCUCCGCGCGCCGCUUGUAAUUCAAAUUAAAAUUCAAAAUCACUUUAUUCAUGUAGGUCACGGAAAUGACACUUGUGAAUGUCAAAAAAAAAUAUGAUAGUUUAGCGCGCACAAGACACCCAAACUAUGAGAAAUUGUUGCAAAGUCUCCCCUUAUUACCUUUCAUGAUACAUUGUAGUAAUGUGUACCUACGACGAAUUCUUUCAUUGCAUGAUACAUAUUAUCUUACGUUUCACAAAUCAAUACGCACCAUAACGGUACCUGAAAUCGAACGCCUUUUUUAGGCGUCUAUGUUCUAUAAGAUCGAUGCUCCUGGGAGUUGUAAAAAAAACCUUCGCUAAGUUGCUUGUUGUAGCGCCGAAUUUAGCAUUUAGGAUGAGAUCUAUAGAACGUACUUAGAAUUUGCUCACUCAACUGACUCUUCGCUGAGUAUUUUGCUGUCUUAGCUUAAGCUCUGCAUAAUUUCAGAUGUGAAAUGACUAUAAAAACGAAAUCAAAUAUGCUAUGCUUUACGAAAGUAAAGUCUAAGCAAAGUUUUCAGUUCGCUCUAUAGAACUCACCCUUAAUCAAGAUGGAGCUAUAUUGUCUUUCGGCGGUCUUUUUUCGAUGCUUUUAAUCGAUAAGUUUUUUUUUAUUUAUUACGUGGCAUUACACGCUAGUCCUUCAAUAGAAUAGCUUCAUACAUUUUUUGGGUGUUGCGAACACGAAGCACAGAUACCCUGCCGCAAUGCUUGAAUAAAUUUUAUUUAUCAUUGGGGCAGCUCCAGAAUAUUUGUGCCCUUUGUACACUCGCGUGUAGAGCAGGGGCACUCUUCGUCUCUUGAGUUUAUCAGUAACGAAACACAACUACAAAAUAGUCUGGUAUCUUUGUCUCUGUUCCGCUAAUGCAGUGUGAAAUUAUUUUUUGGCCAAUCAACUCGAUAAGUAUAAAUACCUGAAAUCCGAUCAGUUUUUCCGUCCCCAUACUCAUGACUAUAACUGAUGUGUGGUCUUUUUUGUCUAUGUUCACUGUCUUGUAAUUCGUACCAAACGACCUCCUUGGGUUUUCCGCUAUUACAAUAUUGGAGAAUUAAACGAAUAUUGCUGCAUUAUGUGGAAACUUAACGGGUUUGUAGAGAAUGUACUUAAAACAAUUAAAUCCAGUAGAGCAUUCCAUUACAAAGUCUUUUUGUCUGACAUCUUUUAUUGGCUCUCUUUACUGUGGAUAAUUGCAAAAAUUAUGGUAUUGUAUGAAAAUGUAUUAAGGUUAAUGGGGGUAAGAUAGAAAACGUAACGUAAGAAAAAAAUCCUUCGUAACGCCAGAUCUAGGCGAUUUUUCGCAGGGCUAUCAACACUGUGCUAACUACCCUUUCAUUAGGGUAACCAAGUCAUUCAUUUCCUAAUGUUCUAAAUCCGUACUUGUGCGAAAAAUAUAUAAACUUCUGCGUUAUUAAUUUUAUGGAAACUCCUCGAGUGAGGUAUCCGUGAUGAAUCGGCGUUGGCGUUUGGCGCAGCGGAAGAUCGCGCACAGAACGCGAGAGGUCACGGAUUCGAGUGAGAUUCAUUCAUAAAUUUUGUUUUCAAAUUUUAUUUGUGUAAAUCUAAGUUAUACAUUUAAAAGAACUUUCAAAUUAUAUCGCUCUUACCUUGAUAUCUUUUUUAUCGUGCCCUUGUUUUAUUCUCAUGAAAUUAUUAUUUUAUAUGAUUUUUUAUUUAAUAGUCUAAAUUUACAACAAAUUUACUUUUUAGGUUAAAAUAAUAGUACUUAUCUUAUCAAUAAAACAUGACCGCGUCCCCCACUCACCAGAUAGGUACGGAAUUUUUUUUCCACCUGAACCGAGCCUCAAUACUCAUAAAAGCAAUUAAAGUGCGGUGGAAUUUUAAUUUCAUAAUAUGACUACUCGCAUUAAAUAAAUCUAAUAAUAUUAUUUAAGAUAAUAUGCUUGUCUAUUGUAAAUUACUACGAUGGUAAAAAAGUUCUAUUGAAAUUAUAUUAAUUCCUUAAUUUUAAGCAAGUAUUGGGAAACUCCGUAAAUGAAAUUCAAUAUAUUAUAGUCACUUGGGUCAAGUAGAUACCAAAUAUUUAUUUAAUAUUAUUUAAUUUUAUAAAUAACAGUAAUGUAAGUAAAAUAUACACAAUAAAGUUAUUAUAGCAA